CGGGGGAGGAGGCUGCAGCGGGGGCUGGCGCCGGAGUCCGGGAUUCGACCCGCCGUGCAGAUCCAGGGCUGGACCAGCGACGGUCCGGGCACCCCAGGCUCUGCGCGCGCGCCCGCUGCUCAGGGCACCCCAGGCCGAGGCGCCGACAACUCCUGGAGGCCGGUGGGUGGGCGGAGGGAGGCCAGAAGGGCGCGGGCGCCCUGUGCGUGGAGUGGCGGAGGGGGCCGGGACGCCAUGUCCAUGGAGGACCCCUUCUUUGUGGUGAAAGGAGAGGUACAGAAAGCAGUCAACACUGCCCAGGGAUUGUUUCAGAGAUGGACAGAGCUUCUGCAGGACCCCUCUGCAGCAACCAGGGAAGAGAUCGACUGGACCACCAACGAGCUGAGAAACAACCUCCGGAGCAUAGAGUGGGAUCUGGAGGACCUUGACGAGACCAUCAGCAUAGUUGAAGCAAAUCCUAGAAAAUUCAACCUUGAUGCUACCGAGUUGAGUAUAAGAAAAGCCUUCAUUACAAGUACUCGGCAAGUUGUCAGGGACAUGAAGGAUCAGAUGUCAACUUCAUCUGUGCAGGCGUUAGCUGAAAGGAAAAAUAGGCAGGCACUGCUAGGAGACAGUGGCAGCCAGACCUGGAGCACAGGAACAACAGAUCAGUACGGGCGUCUGGAUCGAGAGCUGCACUUAGCCAAUUCCCAUUUCAUCGAGGAGCAGCAGGCUCAGCAGCAGUUGAUUGUGGAACAGCAGGAUGAGCAGUUGGAGCUGGUCUCUGGCAGCAUUGGGGUGCUGAAGAACAUGUCCCAGCGCAUUGGAGGGGAGCUGGAGGAACAGGCAGUAUCGGCGCCAGUGGUGUGCCAUCGCUGUCCUCUUCGCCAUCCUGCUGGUCGUGCUGGUCCUCUUCUUGGUGCUGUGACGGUGGCCCCCGUGGCCCGGGUUCCUCCUGCACAGGAGCCAGGGCAGGGGCAGUGCCCUGGGCACACACUCCUCCCGACUCCACCGCCAGACGCCCCUCCCUCCCGCGCUGGCAGGACUGGCGAGAAGAGGAAGAGGGACUGCACUCCUGUCGGACGACACCCCUGCUGCCCGUCCUGUUUGGGGGCCACUAGCCACUGCUUUGCCUUGCUGGACCCCACUCCCUGAGGAGAGACUGAGUCGCCCAGAAGGGUCAGCAGAGCCUGAUUCGCCCGUCUCUGGCAGCUCCUUUCUUCUGCUGUCCAUCAAAAGAUCCCUGUCCAGGAGGCGGCCUGGGCGGGCCGUUUCCCAUCGCUAGAGCAUUUCUCACUCCCCAAGAGCUGGUUGUUGACGAGGACAGAAGGCUCAGAAGCAGUUUGUGACUGCAAAUGCCGUGUUUCAUUUUUCAGGGGUCAGGGCUGAGAUAAAAUUGCUUUUCCAGGUGCUUUUUUUGUGUGGUGGGAAAACUAAUGGAAACAGUGAGACACCCUGGGGCUUGGGGUCGCUGACAGCCUUUGGCUUUAAUGGACAAGAGCAAUUAAAAGGCGCAGCAGGACCUGCUCUGGCGCAGCCCAGGGAAGGGGUGAUGGUGUCUCCAGAGGGGGGGCCAGACCUGCUCUUUGCACGCCGCUGUCCCAGGGCUUCUUCCCAGAGGUGCAACUUACAUUUUUAGGGGAACCCUUGAAUACAUCAUUGCUGAACAGUGCAGAAGCGCACUCAAACGGAUUAGGAUGCUGGCUUGUCCUCACUGACACUUAUUUUAUUCUGGUGGCACUCUCCAUUGGGGGAUGGGGUUGGAGUGGUUAGUACAUUUAUUACAUUUACGCAGAAACCAUCUUGACCCAAAAAGGCUAUUUCUGGGCCAGAUUUCCCUUACCCUGUGAGUAAUGGCAAGACGGGUAAGUGAACCUGACUCUUUUCUUCCUGAAGAUGUCAGCUUGACUGGAUCAUCCAUUCUAAUAACUGAGCCAAUCCAAAUGUAAUGAUAGAUGCUUUAAUUGAGCUUAAGUAGCUGAAGCUGCUGAGACACUACACUUCAAGCUUCUGAUGGCUUUAAAGGCCUUGAAUGCGCACAUGUAUAUAGGAUAUUUUUUAUAGCUUCCCCGAUGCAUAACCUGAUGUUAGAGUAGCAGCUGGACCCAGAGCCGCAGCUGGGCCCCGGGGGCUGCUGGCCUCUGGGCGCCGCUGCCUUUGCACUUGGAAAGAGCAGUAGCCCCCGGGCAGAGUUGAAGCCUGGCCUCCUCCUGUCCUUGUCUUUUUGUGCUUUCCUCGGCACCCUAACUUUUUUCUUACUUUUCUUGUUUUGUUUGUAUUUCUUGUGGAUUGGUUUAUGGGGGGGAGGUUCCCCUUUUUUGUGAUUUUUUGCAACAAGUGCGCUUGCCCAGCUAACUUUUGAAUUGCACUUUUUAAUAAAUAUUUGUAACAAUUUUUAAAGAA